CCAUACCAGGAGGUAUGAGUGAAUAAUAAAAUUAUGUUGCAAAGAGAGUGAGACACAGUCUACCAUAAGUCCUCUCUCCUGCGUAUGCAUGUUCCCACAUCAAUAUUCCCACAGCGGAGACUGACCCCACCGAGAACACAACAGAAUGAAUGAAGCUCGGCACUGGCCAGGACUCAACGGAUCGGAAGCAGUGAGUGCCGUAUGGCUCUUCCCAGCUGAGAGAGCGUGUUGUUGGCAAAGAAAGGCACAGGGUACAAGCGGACGUUGCCUGCGUCGUCGACAGCGGCAGGGGCCCUUUGGAUCGUUUGGCUCUUCCCCAGCAAAGAGCAUGUUGCUGGCAAAGGAAGGGAGGGUACAAGCGGACGUUGGUGGCAGCGUCGUGGACAGCGGGAGGAGGGAGGCCCUUUUGAAUCGUUUUUGCUCCGCUCGGGGGUUUGGGGUUCGGGGUUCGGGGUCUGAAGCCUUCGUCGGUUCCCGUGGCUUCAGCGUCGAGAGUCUUUGCGGCAGAUUUUUGGGUCGACUGGACUGGCGAGCCCGUAGGUCAGCGUUCGUUUCGUUCGAGGACGAGGGAUUUGGCACUCGCUUCAUACCCGAGGGCGUCGGUGAGUAGGAAUCGUGGAGGAGACACUAGAAUUGUGUGCAGUGGCCGUACUGGCCUGCUUGAUUCUGCCCCUUCUGCUGGUGAGCAUCGGGCAGAGCAUGCGAGACUGCGUCCAUGGUAGCUGCAGCCAUGGCAGACGCAGCGGCGCCUCAAGUGUGCUUAAACACAACCAUGGGAGAUAUCGUGGUGGAGCUGUAUGUCAAGCAUGCUCCUAAGACAUGCAGGAACUUCAUCGAGCUUUCUCGUCGUGGCUACUACGAAGACGUUAGAUUUCACCGCGUUAUAAAGGAUUUCAUGGCGCAGACUGGAGAUCCGACCAACACAGGAAGAGGAGGCGAAUCUAUUUACGGGGCUAAGUUUGAAGAUGAGAUCCACCGAGACUUGAAACACACUGGUGCUGGAAUAUUGUCCAUGGCCAACUCAGGUCCCAAUACAAAUGGGAGUCAGUUUUUUCUAACCCUCGCACCUACACCUUGGCUUGAUGGCAAGCAUACUAUAUUUGGACGAGUUUGUAGAGGUAUGGAAGUCUUGAAGCGACUUGGAAAUGUUCAAACAGACAAAAAUGACAGGCCUGUGCAUGACGUGAAGAUUACUCGAGCCUACGUCCAGGACUAAUCUAUCCAAGCACUCUUUUAUUUGAGUCGGCAACCACUGUCACGUCGACAAUUAAACUGGAUAGCUGCACGCUGAUUUUUCUCACAGGUUUCGUCAUCACCCCCUGACAUUUUCACACAGGACAUCAUUAUAAGAUAGUUACAGACCCAAAUUGACGGGUUUUGCCGAGUGGCUCAGCUAGUAAAAUACCGACAAAUUUUUUUAUCACGUAUCGAGCCGAAUUGGAUUGUAACGCGGAGAUAUACAUUUUAUUUAAAGCGGAU